CUCAGGAAGCGAUCAGGCAGGUUCAAUCACUAAUGGAUCAAGUUGAGGAGCCUUUGAAGAGAACAUUUCAGGAGAAAUAAUUUCUGAUUGUAGCCGAGCAAAAGAUAUAAGCCACAGAUGUUUGUUGUGUUUCGGAGAAUUUGGUGCGCAAAAGAGUUUGAUCCUGAAAUCUUGCUUAGCUACCUGAUUAAAUACUUUGAUCUGGGUGGCUACUCGUCUUUUAUGUGGCAAAUAUAGCACGUUAUGUGAUUCAGAACGAGGUCUUAUCUGAGUCACACUCACACCAUGUAGUUCUGGCAUAAGACUCGGUGGAAGUGGUUAUGCUAUGCUUUUACCGCAACUCACUGAAGAUUUUGGCAUGUGCCCUUUAAUUAAGUUACUAGAUCUGUUCAUGUCUUCCAUUUUCAUCUUUCUCUCUGUAUCUCUUGGAUGGGUCAGCUAUAUAUCAUUGGUGUUCAUGGAAUUUGGCACAUGCCAAUACUGUCCUUGGUCAUCAAACCAACAGUUCCUGGAAAUAUAUCAUUCCUUUGGGUUGUCAUCAAAAGGAGAAUAAAAUUGUAGUUCGGUCUCAUAGCACAUUAUGCCUCCAGCUUCAUGAAAAGCUCUGUCAAUGAUAGGCCAACCUGUUGAAUGACAUCAUCCCUUCUAGCAACUUCAGAACGUAAGGCAAGUUCAAAGGGUGAAAUAGGAAAUAUAAUUUGCACUGUUGUCUGCAUCAAAGUGUCGAAGAUCAAUCGUUACAGAAUGUUCAUCAAGGAUAUUUAGUUGAAACUCUGGUUCGUUUCCUGAAAGCAAGGGAGUGGAAUGUUGCCAAAACCCAUAAAAUGUUGGUGGAUUGUUUAAACUGGAGGGUACAGAAUGAGAUUGACAACAUCUUAGCAAAACCCAUCAUUCCUACUGAGCUGUACAGAGCUGUGCGUGAUUCGCAGCUUGUAGGAGUGUCAGGUUACUCGAAAGAGGGAUUGCCUGUCUUUGCAAUUGGCAUUGGGCUCAGCACAUAUGAUAAAGCAUCUGUCAACUACUAUGUGCAGUCACACAUUCAGAUCAAUGAAUAUCGGGACCGUGUAAUUUUGCCUUCUGCAUCUAAAAAAUAUGGACGGCCUAUUACCACUUGUGUGAAGGUUUUGGACAUGACUGGCCUUAAACUUUCGGCACUGAGUCAGAUAAAGUUAAUGACGCUUAUAUCCACCAUUGAUGAUUUGAACUACCCAGAGAGGACAAAUACAUAUUACAUUGUAAAUGUCCCGUAUAUAUUUUCAGCUUGUUGGAAGGUUGUCAAGCCUCUUUUGCAGGAGAGAACAAGGAAAAAAGUUCAGGUCCUGCCAGGCUGUGGGCGAGAUGAGCUCUUAAAGAUAAUGGACCAUGCUUCCCUCCCACAUUUCUGUAAAAAAGAAGGUUCUGGAUCAUCUCGGCGUGCGGAGAAUAGCCAAGAAAAUUGCUAUUCCUUGGACCAUCUAUUUCAUCAACAACUCUACAACUACAUAAAGCAGCAAUCCUUGAAACGUGAACCUAUUGAACUCAUAAAACAGGGUUCUUUUCAUGUGGAUCUGCCCGAGCCUGCUCCAGAAGGAACAGAGAUUGCCAAAACCAUAGAAUCUGAGUUGCACAAGUUUGGGAAUGGGAAUGGGAUGCCUCACUCACUAGAUGCGCUAAAAAUUGCAGAUAUUUGAAAUUAUGUAGCUGUAUUUACUGAGUUGCAGUGACACACCAAAAGCACAUGAUACGCCGGCAAUUCCUAUGAGCUUUUAGAGAAGGAAUAUGGUCUUGCUGGUCCCAUCAUUCUAUUAAUACCAUAUAAAUGAAUGGAAUAGCAGUCGCUUAUAUCCAUCCCUACAUGAAUUCAGAGAGAGAAGCUGAUAUGCUAUAUGUAACUUGACAAAUUGGCUGGAUAAUCGGUGCUAAACUGUCCCUGGCCUGUCAUGUAUUAGUGAAACAGAGAAUCGUCACUUUUAGUUGCACAGAAUCAAGUUAAAUGGUAGUAGCGCAGUUAUCUGUUUAAGCCAUGGACAGUCUCAAACAUUGACAGGUGACUGAACUUCUACUUUGGAUUUUUGGGGGUUCUCAAUCAUCCUUUAUGCAUUUUUGAACGUUGCAGUUGGUAUCAAAGGGAUUUUCCUUUCUCAAUGCAGACUUCCAUGGCGUAAUCUAUGACAGUGGUCAGUUUCUAAAAAUUAUAGGUUUUCAGAUAGCUCGCCCGAUAGUGGCCUUGUGCUCGUAGUUUUCCGUCAAUAAGGAGCCCUUGAAGAACAACCUCAAGUGUAACACCUCUCUUCAACCCCCUCCCCCUCCAAUUUAUAUUCCUCUUGUGGUCCUGUAGGCUGUAUUGAUGUGCCUCAUAAUCUGCUACGCCUACCUACAAUAUUACCUUAUUAUCUGUUCCUUAUGGAAUCCAA